CCAAAAACCACAAACUCAUAAGCAUUUCAAUACAUCUCAACUCAUUCCUUUAGCAAAAAAAUAUUAUUGUUUUCAAAUUCAAAUAGUAGAAACUAAGAAAAUGGCAGCAAUGUUGAAGUUGGCAUGUGUUGUUCUAGCUUGUAUGGUUGCGGUUGCACCAUAUGCAGCCGAAGGAGCAAUCUCAUGUGGUAUGGUGACUUCGAAGAUGGCACCAUGCCUUGGCUACUUGACGGGAGGAAGUCUCCCAGCUACAUGUUGUGCAGGAGUCAAGUCUCUGCUUGCAUCUGCCCAGACCACCCCUGACCGUCAAGCUGCUUGCAGUUGCUUGAAGAGUGCCUCUGGUGGUAUUGCCGGGCUUAACUAUGGUAAUGCUGCCUCACUCCCAAACAAAUGUGGUGUUAACAUCCCGUACAAGAUCAGCCCCUCUACUGACUGCACCAAGGUUCAGUAAAUACCAAAACCAUACCAUGAGAGGAUGCAUUUAGCCAGAAUCAAUGAGCUACUGAUGUAUGAUGAAGAAUAAAAUGGAUGUUUAGUUUGCCGAUCUUUAUUAACUAUCAUUCGCCGCUUAGUGCCUAGUAUUGUACGCUAUUAUGUGAUGUUGUUGUUGUUGUUGUUGCCGUGGUCGUUGUUGGGUUUUAAUAUCAUCAAAUCAGAGCAGAUAUUUCCUGGUAAUUAAUGUAAUCCUCCAACGUUUAACUAAAGAAAAUGAAUAUUUACAUGAUA